GAAAAGAAGCCUAAAAAUAGACCGGUCUGUAAAAAUGCUGUGACAAAGGCUUAGUAUUGGACUUGCCACACGUUGAACUUUGCUCAGUCCUUGGUAUUUGAGCGACGAAGUCGCGAGUGAAACCAACAAACCAGGGAAGUAUAACUGGAAAGGACUUUUAGAAAGUCUAACUUAGUAUGGGAGUUGCAUCGCCACUUUUAGUGAUGGGCUCCUGAUGGAGAUUAUAUGUUUGCGAGCGUAUCUACUUUAGAAAAUAUACACCGAAAUGUAUUUUGAGAUGAUUAUUAAUGCCGUAUAGUUGUUGAUUAACGACCAAAAAAUCGCGUAAAAAGUGAUCGUGUAUGUUUACGCAACUGCGCGACAUUAUAGCGUGACAUGACGUCAAACAUUCAAAUGACGUCAAUUAUAGCAUUGCAUAUUCAUUUUGGUUGAAGUCAAGCAACAUGGAGGAUCACGACGCAGAAGCUCUAAAACUUCAGGAAUAUUGGAAGCAGGUAAUGGAGGAGUACACCUCUGAUAGCUCAAAACUUCACGAAUACCUGAAACAAAACAUGGCAGAUUUUCCAGCUGGAGACGGAGAGCUAAAAAUGUUCAAGUUCAGGGCUGGAACCUCAAAUCCGACCUUUUUACUUCGAAAAAAUGGCAAAGAGUUCGUGCUACGGCACAAGUCUCCAGUGCAGGUCUACAUUGGUUAUCACAAGGUCGACGUUGAGUACAAAAUCAUGUCUGCCCUGGGGGAAACUUCUUUUCCAGUGCCUAAAACGUAUCUCUUCUGUGAGGACAAGACAAUCAUGGGCCAAGAAUUUUACGUCAUGGAGUAUAUCAAGGUAUAACGUUGAAAGACUUAUUGACAUAUAAAUUUUGCUCCCUAGAAAGGUUUCUACUCGACUCAUUAGAGUAAUUCUUAGCUGUUUCAUCCCGGGCUUGCACCAUCUUUUUUGGCCCAAGGCACAUUCGUUUACGGUUUAUUAAUUCAAAGAUCUGAGUUAAUAUUUUGCAAAAUUUUUCCGCAGAAUAAUGGUCAUUUUUCUUCGUGAGCACGAUAGAAAAAAAUGGAGGCUGACCAAGCUAUUCCACAAGUUGUCCAUCAAAGUGUCAAUCAACCAGAUGCUCGUUGGAUCCCUGCAUGCAAAGAUUUUUAAUUUACUGUCAUUCUCGUCCUGGCCUUUCGCCGGCCUCGUGGCCCAAAUGAAACAAGGACUCUGAGCACUGCUACCUUUUUUUUUUCGUUUUUACAGUCAAACCAAUUGAAGCGUACCACUCGAUAGUGAAUUAAUGAAUUGAAUAGUGAACCCACUAGUUUGUUUUAAGAAUGCAAAAAUGAUUUGAUUUUUUUUUUAUAUUGACCCGUUAGCCAUAUUCCUCGCACGACUAGCGGGUUCAAAUAAUCAAUUCAUUAUUGCGUUCUUGAAACAACUAGCAGGUUCAAAGUUCAAAUAGUCAAUUCAUUGAUGUAAUCUUGAGAGGUACGCUUCACUUGAAUGGAGAGGUAAUUAUUAAUAUACCUAGACUACGACUAGUCCCUAUUUCGCUUUGCCCCUGGUCGUGCUUGGCACGAAAGAAAACCGGGAGAAAAAAAUGGCCGCGCGAAAUCCAUGGAGCGAGGAGCG